AUGCCGCUGCUGCCAGACGAGGACAGCCUGUCCGGGGACGCCGGCGACAUGAAGAUGUCCAGCUCCCAGGUCAAGAGGAAGAAACGCCGGCACAGGACGGUGUUCACAGCUCACCAGCUGGAGGAACUGGAGAAGGCUUUCAACGAAGCUCACUACCCCGACGUCUAUGCCCGGGAGAUGCUGGCCGUGAAGACGGAGCUGCCGGAGGACAGGAUACAGGUUUGGUUUCAGAACCGAAGAGCCAAGUGGCGGAAGCGGGAGAAGUGCUGGGGCCGGAGCAGCGUGAUGGCCGAGUACGGCCUCUACGGGGCCAUGGUGAGGCACUCCAUCCCUCUGCCCGAGUCCAUCAUCAACUCCGCCAAGAGCGGGCUGGUGGGAUCCUGCGCCCCGUGGCUGCUGGGCAUGCACAAAAAGUCCAUGGAGGUGAGCAGGAAGGCAGAGAGCCAAGAGAAGCUGGCAGAUGGCUGGCGAGCGGAGCAGGAGGAGGAGGAACUCAAAGGGAAGCAGGCCAGUUCUCAGAGGGGCUCCGACAAGCUUGGCCCUGCAAAAGAUUUGGAGGACACAGCCAUCGACCUCUCCAGGACAGCCAAGCACGAGAAGAGGGGUGUACUGAGGCAGUGCAUCAAUGGGGAGCCCCCCACAGAGCAGAAGGACAGGGACCACUGA